CUUCAAAACAGCAGAGAACAACAUCAAUGAUGCAAAAUGUUCCGGCGUCGAAACAAACCUGCAGUCCAAGAAACUAUUGCCGAAACGACAAAUCAUGAAGGAAGACUCAUUCGCAAAGCAGAUCCCCUAGCCGUCCUCCCUCACCUCUUCCACGAAUUAGGAAUCCAAUCCAACUUACUCGUCUCCGCUACAUACAUUCAUCCCACUAUCCAUCUUAUGCCUUCUCUCGUCUAUCACUCUCUUGCAAGUGUCAUCUCACAGCACCCAGCUCUUUCCAUCAUCGGCGUGACCCGUCCCUCGACCAAAACUCCUGGCCAUCACCGAAUCUGGGAUGCUCACCUCCCCAUUAUCCAACUCAAAGAUUGCGUCGAGUUUCUUGAUUUAGAUUUCGAUGGGGAUGGCCAACUAGCUCAAACUCUUGAAGAAACUCAUAAUUUCUGGUUUAGCACGAGUGACAAAACCAAGCCCCUAUGGAAGAUACUUGUUUUGAACGGGAAGACGGUGGUCUGGGUGUGUCACCACGGCAUUGCGGAUGGCUUGAGUGGGUAUGCUUUUCAUCGGAGCUUCUUGGAAGCUCUGAACUCUCCUCACGUCGUAGCAAAAGAGGACGAUAUCGAGAGUGUUAUAACACCGAGGAUCGACGCCGCAGCUCUUCCGUCUCCUUUAGAAGAUUUCGAGGAGAAUUUGUCCUGGUUACACGUUAUAAAGACGUUCCUCUUCUGGGUGUUACUCCGAUUCUUCGUCCCGUCACAAUACUUCCUAUUCUCAGACGCCGUCGUAUCUCCACGAUUCCCAACAGUCAGCAAUCCGUUCCCCGCAUCCGAAAAGACGAUAACGAAAGUUGCCAUCCUCCGCAUCGAUAGUGAAGUAAUGCAGAAAUGCCUGGAAGCAUGUCGACUCCAUCAAACCAGCUUCACGGCGCUGCUACACACACUCAUCCAAAUCACCCUAGCAGUCGACGAAUAUCCCAACGCAAGAUUAGGAUUUUCGAGACUGGCAGUUAGUGUCAGGAAUCUCCUAAAGAACGACAGACGAAUCGGCAAAGAUGUCAUAACGGACGCAGUCAGCGUAUACUAUGGCUUCCACUUCCUCUCCUCUUACCGGGACGCUGGCACUCUUCCCAUGAUCCACAAAUCAAAGAUCCCAUUACAAAAAGGCAAGGCAUGGAAGCUGGCGAAGAAAUAUAAAGACGACUUGAAUGCAGCGAUGUAUACGAAAAAGUCUGUAGCUCAGGAAUUCCUCAGUGCUAAGUUGUUGGGAGAGGAUAAUGAGGAUUUUGGGAAGUUCUUUGGGUUGGGGCUUUAUCAGAAUAAUUCUUUUUUGAUUUCGAAUUUGGGAGUGUUUGAGCCGAAAGGAAAUUCGGGUGGGAGUGAGGAUGGCGGGAACAGCGGAGAAAGCGCAAAUCGCGCGAAGAGCGCAGAGAGCGGGAUAGGCGGAGGCGGGUGGAAAGUGAGCGAUGUGGCGUUUUCGGCUGGGGCUAUUAGAGCAAAUCUGGGUGACUUUGGGAUAGUGUUUAAUGUUGCCAGUGUCAAAGGUGGGGACUGUGUUGUUUGUGCGUGCUGGGAGGAAGGGGUGCUGAAGGAGGAGAUGGUGAAGAGGGUUCUGAGAAGUGUUGGAGCGAAGAUAAAGUUGAUGGUAAGGUGAACGGACAUGUUUUGGGGUGGUAGUAAGCUAAACUGCUUAUUUGUCGAGGGGAGUUGCUUGAUUAUGAAGCAGAUGGAGGAUAUAAUCCGCUGACGGUCAUCAUGUGAGCCAAGGUUGCAGACUUUUGAAAGUUUGUUUGCAGGUCUCAACUUUUGAGCUUGUCGAUAUCAUCAAGUUGGAGGAUCGAGCAGAAAGCGGUCACUAAUGCAAACAAAUUAAGGGAUUCUAGGGUUUUGUGUGAUAUAUAGCUUGCAUUGACCCAUAUUAUAAACAAGCAACUAUGAAAAC